AAAAACUAUAUACACACCGAGCUCCGCAUAGUAGCGGCGUUGUCUUGGGUUCAAAAUUUACAACUCAACUCUGGAGCUCUGCUAAACAAUAAUGGAGGUCCCUAAAGAUCAAAUGUCUACACUUCUCGAUUUGGGCCUUUACAGCUCCGCUGAAAUGCUUGGUUCUUUCCUUGUUUCUUCGUCUUCCGUGAAUGCCGAAACUAGUCCUCAUCUUAAAGCUGAAAACUUGACUCUACUCGGUGAUGCUUUGUUUCGAGAAAAAGAGUAUAAGAGAGCUAUUCACACGUACAAGCAAUCAUUGCAAUACUACAAGAAUUUUCCCAAACAAAUUGCAACUAGGACUUCGUUAUCUGCAGUAAACAGGUCCUCAUCCCCAAAUUCAUAUAACAUUCCACCAAUAAACGAAAAUGAGGUGAAGUUUAAAGUUGCAUCUUGUUAUGCUGCACUGAGUGAGAACAGAGCUGCACUUGCGGAGAUGGAGGGAAUCCCUAGUAAAGCAAGAAAUUUGCAGAUGAAUCUAUUAAUGGGAAAACUCUAUCGACAUUCAAGACAAACACGUCCUUCCAUUACUUGUUACAGAGAGUGUUUAAGGCAUUACCCUUGUACUAUUGAGGCUAUCAUAGCCUUGGCUGAACUGGGUGUUGCGGCAAAGGACAUUAUAUUAUUGUUUCCUCAGACCCCGAGCAGAAGUGGGAAGCCUCCUUCCGAUCACUUGGACUUGAGCCGUUGGUUACAGCGUUAUGCCGAGGCCCAAUGUUGCAUUGCAUCAAAUGAUUACAAAGGUGGUCUAGAACUCUUCACAGAACUGCUACAACGUUUUCCUAAUAACAUACAUAUAUUACUCGAGAUAGCAAAGGUUGAAGCCAUUAUUGGAAAAAAUGAUGAAGCAAUGAUAAAUUUUGAGAAGGUUAGAUCUAUCGAUCCAUAUGUGAUCACUUAUAUGGAUGAAUAUGCGAUGCUUUUGAAGUUGAAGUCUGACAACUCAAAGUUAAACAAGUUAGUUCAUGAUCUUCUGAACAUCGAUCCUACAAGGCCAGAAGUCUUUGUGGCUUUAUCUGUUCUGUGGGAAAGAAAAGAUGAGAGAGGAGCUCUAUCUUAUGCCGAAAAGAGCAUCCGGAUUGAUGACAGACACAUACCAGGUUACAUAAUGAAGGGUAACUUGUAUUUAUCGAUGAAUCGGCCAGAAAUUGCUGUGGUUGCCUUCAGAUGUGCUCAGGAGUUGAGAGCUGAUCUUCGAUCUUAUCAAGGUCUGGUUCGUUGUUAUUUGGCAAAUUCAAAGGUAAAAGAGGCUCUGCAUGCUGCAAGAGAGGCAAUGAAGGCCAUGCCUCAGUCAGCAAAGGCUUUGAAAUUGGUAGGAGAUGUGCAUGCUAGUAACUCUAGUGGUAGAGAGAAGGCAAAAAAGUUCUACGAGUCAGCCCUCAGGUUGGAACCUGGUUACCUCGGAGCUGCAUUGGCGUUGGCUGAGCUCCAUGUGAUCGAGGGCCGAAAUGGUGAUGCUGUACUACUUCUUGAGCGCUAUCUUAAAGACUGGGCUGAUGACUCUCUUCAUGUUAAGCUGGCUCAAGUUUUUGCUGCUACAAAUUUGCUGCAGGAAGCCUUGACACAUUAUGAGGCAGCUCUAAGGAUAUGUCCUCAAAAUGAGGCAGCAAAGAAAGGGCUUGACCGCUUAGAGAAGCUGAUGAAGGGGGUGGAUCCGGAUGCACCUGAAGAAGAUGAAGAAAAUGAGGUUGACGAUGCUGAUGGAGAUGCAGAUGAGGCUGACCUUUUGUGAGAUUGCUGACAUCGUUGACACCAUAGUAUAGCCACAGCUAACAGGACACUGAUCUAAGCAGUGGUGGGACUUCAUGUUCAUGGUAUCAGGGUGAUGCAAGUGCUGAAGUGCCUAGCCACGCCAACUUCACGAGAUAUGCAACUGCAUUGCUGGAACUCGAUUCUAGGUUCUGCGUAUAAAUGAAAUUUUUUAUUAGAGUUCUGUGUCAUAUCAUACAGCAACCUAUUUGGGAAUCGUAAAUCCCAUAACAAUGCUACUUGUAUAAUCUCUUUAACUCCUAAAGAAAAUACAUUGUAAUUAAUGAGUAGAUAACUGGAUGUCAUCCAUGAGAUUCAGUUAAUUAGCUCGAAAAUUAUACAUUAGAAAUUCUGGAAUUAUACAUUGUAAUUUUUAUUAUGUUUUUUGAUAAAAAUAUGUAAAAUCAAUUAUAGAUUUAUAUAUAUAGUGGUUUGGUUGA